GUACUAUCUAAUCAAUUACAACGUAAUAGGUGCUCGAGAUCCGGUAUAAAUUCGAGAAGAUUCGGCGGAGUCUUCACUUUUGGGGCAACAUGUUCAAGACUCUCUUGGUUGCAGCUCUCCUGGCACUUGCCGUCGAAGCAAGGCCAAACUCUCGUCUUCCACGACUCGAUGGAAGAAUCGUAGGUGGUUACGACGUCGACAUUGAAGAACAUCCGUACCAAGUCUCCCUACAAUAUUACGGAAGCCACUUCUGCGGUGGAUCGAUAAUCGCACCCAACAAAAUUUUGACUGCCGCUCACUGCACGGUUAAGCGCAAGGAAAGGGAUCAUAUGAGCAUUCGUUACGGUUCGACCACAAAGGAGGAUGGUGGCGAUGUUGUGCAAGUUAAGGACGUCGAGGAACAUUCCUCAUUCGAUUCCUACACCUUGGAGUUCGACGUUUCGGUAAUCACUCUCGUUUCCGACAUUCAAAUGGGCAAAAACGCGCGAAUCGUCGAAUUGGUCCCUCGCGACGCCGUCGAAGGCGGUCGUACCGCUGUCGUAACAGGAUGGGGUGUCUUGGAGUCGGGUGGGCCCUUUCCAACGCAUUUGAAAGCUGUCAAGCUUCGCGAAGUGAGUAGAACCGAAUGUAACGUCGCCUACGAGGGUGUUCUCACGGACGUGAUGAUAUGCUUCGGCGAAUACGAAAAGGACUCCUGUCAGGGAGACUCUGGUGGCCCGCUCGUUUCUGAUGAUGGUGUACAAGUUGGCAUCGUCUCCUGGGGAUGGGGAUGCGCCGAUCGAAGAUGGCCGGGCAUCUACUCCAACGUUCAGAAACUCAGAGAUUUCAUCAACGUUUAAGUGAAGAAUUUCCUUACUUUGAUCUGGACCUUUCCAAUUGUUUACUCAAUAAACGUGUAUUGGAAGAAUA